GCGAGAAUUAGAUCCAAUUAUUUUCCGAAUGAAUCGGCUUUGAUCCGUUUCCCGGACCAUCAGAUCAGCCUCCUCUCGCACCCUGAGCCGCAAACUCGCUUAACGGCUAAUAAACCCGAGACAAAAGACCCGGUUUCGAUCCGAAUUUUUCCAUCCAAUCACCUCUCUCUCUCUCUCUCUCUUCCACGGCAAAGCCUCAGGGGAAAGUUGCGUGCUCUUUCACUGAUACACACGAACACGAAGAGGGACGGGGAAUUCGCCCUAGGGUUUCUUCCCGACCUGAGAAUCAAUUACCUGCCUCUGCGGAGCCCUACCUCGCAGGAGCUCCGAUUCCAUCUAUCGAUGGAUUGGUCUGGCUCGAUUCGGUUCGAUGUCUUCGAGAUAUAUCGGCGAUAUUGUGACAUCAUUGUGGAUAGUGCAUGUAAUUAUGGGAAGGAAGGAUAUAAUCUUGAGGAUGAAUUACAAAGGGCUAAACUCUCUCGGGAAGCAUUGACCCAAUUCUUGAAGCUGGUGGACUCAAAGAUGCCUAAAAGGACUUUAAUUUUUGAUGAACUUGUCAAACUCAUGUCAAAGCUAGACUUGACGGUGGACUUCUCUGAAUUCUCACGAUUCUAUGAUUUUGUGUUCUUCAUGUGCCGAGAAAAUGGUCAAAAGAAUAUUACCAUUAGCAGGGCAAUUACUGCAUGGAGAAUAGUUUUAGCAGGACGCUUUCGGUUGCUCAAUCAAUGGUGCAGCUUUGUUGAGAAAAACCAGCGACAUAACAUCUCUGAGGAUACUUGGCGGCAAGUUUUAGCCUUCAGCAGAUGUGUACAUGAAAAUCUUGAAGGGUAUGAUCCAGAAGGUGCUUGGCCUGUUUUAAUAGAUGAUUUUGUUGAGCAUAUGUACAGGGUCACGGGGUCCGAUGAUAGUUUAAACUUUUAUUGCAAAUGUGGCGAUUCAGAAGCCCAAGGGUGCAUAUUUGAGGAUCCUCUCCCUGGGUUGAAAAUCUUUCCGGGCUUAAAAAGAAAGCUUUCUGAGGACUUCCAAAGCCUUGAAUUGGGCUCGUCAGAUGUCCUAUUCCUUGAUCCUGUUGGCUCAAAUGCAGUUUUGAGACAGAAGAGGAGCAGGCAGAUUUCUUCUGCUGGCAAACCUGCUAAGUGGGAAGAUAAUCCACCUGGAAAUGCAGUUGAUGAGUGCAUGGAAAUUGUGAAGCACAACGGCACAUUGGGUUCAUCCAAGUCUCCAUGUGCGGUUGAAGGUUGUCUUUCAAAGGGAUUUGCAAGCCUCUUCUCAACUCGUCCUUGUUUGCAGGAGAGGAGUGUCUCAUAUACAUAGGACUUCCACCGCAAUGACAACCAGAAAUCAUACCUGGUGGCAUUGAUAUGAUUUGGUAUUUCAUGCAUUUGCCUCGAGGUUAUUAUUGUGCAAGUCUCCAUUUUGUAAUUGUUACUCGUUGUGCGGGGUUGGGGGUGAUUAAUUAUCAAUUUGUUUGGGCGUGUUGUAUAAUGUUUUACUGUUGAAACUGAUAAAAUUAAUAAAGUAAUGAUCGGUUUUGUUCGA